AUGCAAGAUUCCGAUGACAACCCAUCUAUCACUCUUGACAACCAGCCUCGGAAUCCGGAAUCCGGAAGUCCAAGUGGCCCCAGUGCAGGUCCACUUUUUCUCCUUGCUACGCAAUUGGUGACAGGCUCACUUUUGCAUUUGAUAUCCAAGCAGCAUAUUUCUUCGAACUUUAUCAACACGACAAUCGUUAACUUUCAUAGCAUUAUGUUUGCCAAAACUUCCGCCAUCUCUUCUGUCCUCCUUGUCCUUGCCGCUAUCUCCUCGGUCAAUGCUCAUGGCGCUAUGGUCGCGGUCACCGGCUCUAACGGUGUGACUGGCCAAGGCUUUGGUAUUGUCGAGACCACCCCUCGAGAUGGGACUAGACGCCAGCCAUUCCAGACCGAUACUUCGAUCAUCCGUGAUCGCGAGAUCGCCAGUGAUGGAAGCGCAUCUUCCGCCGGCCUCCCGGCUGCUUCCGAAGAUGGUACCGUCACAAUGACCAUCCACCAAAUCAACGGUGAUGGCGCUGGGCCUUACACUUGCGGCGUAUCUGCUGAUGCAUCUGGAAAGAGCUUUGCUGAUAUGAAGAUUCUCACCAACGUUCCAGGCGAGAACUCGCGCUCCAACGCAAAGGCUACAGAUUUCCCCUUGGUUGCCCAGAUGCCCGCUGGUACCACCUGCACUGGAGGUCCCAACGGCGAUGCCUGUGUUGUUCGCUGCCGUAACGCGGCUCGUGCAGGACCAUUCGGUGGCUGCACGGCUGUUACCAAUGCCGUUGGAGGUGCCGGAAAUAGCACCGCUCCUGCUGCCGCUUCAGCCCCCAAGGCUGCCGGUGCCAAGGCAAGUUAA